UCUGUGCAAUAUAUUCAUUAAGUCUCAGUACGUGCUCUAAUCAACAAUUUAAAAAGCUUUGCACGAAAUUGUCUGUAAGAACUUGUUUUUUGCCAGAAUUAAGCAAAUAUCAUUUCAUUUCUUUAUUUAGUAGUGAAUUUAAAAGUUUAGAGAUUUUAUGUUUAUUUGCCAUCUCCCUCUGAAAACAAGGCGAAAUUUUUCCGCAACAACACACAAGAACAAAGGGAUUGGAUUGUUCACAACUCACAAAUAAUCAUUGCUUCAUGAUGUAAAACUGUACUCAAAACAAGGGCCAUCCCAUAUUUCAAACAUUCAUUUGUUUAUUCCGUCUCUCGUCUUUUUUUUUUUGUCAACGUUUAUUUAUGACAUCACGGUUGACCAAAGAGCUUAUUGAUUUCCAUAAUUGUAUCAUUUGCUCUAAACUUGUUAGAUUCCAAUUUGGAAUAAAGAUUUAUCUCAUGGCUAUUAUAUAUAUUUCAUAGCUCUCAAUAGUUUAGGUUACAUAAAUUUUUACUGUCAAACCACUCAUAUCAUACAAUGAUG